AAACCUAGUUUGACAAGGUACCAGCGGCUCCAAGGCUCCAAACAAACUUGUACCGCCGAGAUAGAAUAACAAAGGUACCGGGUACAGAGCCAUUUCUUCGAUUAAUUACUCAAGCACCAAACAAGCAGAUCACCGAGAUAGCACUAAACAAACUUGUUCCGUCGGUUCGUGUUCGUACAUAGAAUGGGACGGAUUCUGUUGACCUUUACGUUGGUGGUAGUGGUGAUGGCUGUAGGGAUCUCGAUGGCUGAACCGGUUAAUCAGUCAGCUUCCGGAGGCCUAUUUUGGUCAACUGCUAAUGGUAACGGGCAUCUGGCGCGGAACGCUGAAACAGACGAAUCGUUGAAUGACCAUGAUGAACUCGACGGUGGGUUUCCUUCGCUCGAUGGGAUGUUACAGUGGGCAAUAGGUCACUCAGAUCCUGCAAAGUUAGAAAUAAAAGCUCAUGAUGUUCAGCAGUUAUCUGCGGAUGAGCUACAAAAACGUCAAAUGGAAAUCAAGGAACUGGUGGAGAAGUUAGAAAUGCCAUCGGAUGCAAAACUAAUGCGAAUUGCUAUUGAUGACUUAAAUAAUUCAUCUCUGAGUUUGGAAGACCAUCUCCGUGCAUUAGAGGAACUUUUGAUACUCGUUGAGGCAAUUGAUAAUGCUAACGAUCUGCACAAACUCGGAGGUCUUGCUUCAGUUAUUCGGGAACUUAGUAACUCAGAUCCUGGAAUAAGGGUGGCCUGUGCAUGGAUUGUUGGUAAAGCCAGUCAAAACAAUCCUGUAGUUCAGAAGCAGGUCCUUGAACUUGGAGCAUUGCCACAGCUAAUGACAAUUGUGAAAUCUAGUGUGUUAGAGGAAGAAGCCAUAAAAGCGUUGUAUGCUGUUUCAGCGAUUAUUAGAAACAACCUAAAUGGCCUCAAAAUGUUCUAUUCCCAAGGCGGAGACCAAAUGCUACAGGGCAUUUUGAGCAACGCCACUGCUGAUGUUAGACUACGCAGGAGAUCAGUGUCACUUGUAGCUGAUCUGGCUGAAUAUCAGUUAGAAUAUAGUAGCAAACUGGAGGUUCCUUUUUUCAGCAAUUGUGCACUGGUGAGGCAGCUGAUUGAUUUGACAGCAUCAGGUGACCUUGAUCUCCACGAGAAGGUACUUCUUGCUGUCAAGAACCUUUUGAUGCUCAAGUCAACUGAAUUUCUUGUUGUUGAUGGGUUUUGUGGAUUGCAUGGAGCAUUGGAGAAGAUGAGACAGCAGUUGCAGGAGUCCAUUUUGGAGGGAAAUCAAAGGGAGUAUGCGACUGAUGUUGAAGACCUUUGUAAAGAAGUGGAUUUUAUCUAUCUUGAAAAGCUUAAGAAGAUCUCACAGGUCCCAACAUGAUGUAUGCUGGACAUAUACUGGGAUGGUCUUCAAGACACAAUGCAUAGCUUGGUGAACAGAAUUGCUUCCAAAACUGGUCAGCUUGGUUAAGUUUGAUACGACAUAGUUUGUCCAUAAAGGAAAAGAUGAACUUAAAAGCUGGUUCAUAGAUGAUAAAAAAGUUAGGUGAUAUUGGUAUAUUUAAUUUCCGUUUUGGACCAGAAUUGAAUAGUAGUUGAAGUUUAGGGAUGAACAUAGGUGGAUACAUGGCCAAAUUGCUGGGAACGGAACUGGAACUGGAACCGGAACCGGUGGUUCCUUUAAUGUUGGAACCGGCCAUUGAACUGUUUGCAUCGUUUCUUUAGAUUUGGAACCGGUCCUGGAAUUGGUGGUUCCUUCUACCCA